GGGGGGGGGGGGGGGGGUAGGAACCAGCCCCAGGGGGGGUGCACAAGGUGGCAAUCUCAGGGAGAAGAGGGUAAGGGAGGUGAACAAGGAGAUUGGGAUGGGCGGGGUCGGGGCAUGGGUCGGGAUGGGUCAGAAUCAGAAUGGGAUCGGAAUGGGUGUCGGGUCAGGAAAGAACCAUGCCGAGAAGGGUGGAAUGGGCGAGAUAUUAUCUGCGUCUUGGACAAAUGAUGGCCAGUACCUUGCCUUGGGCCACUACAACGGACACGUUAGCAUCAGGGAUAAACAAGGAGCAGAGCAGGUGUUGAUUGAACGAACUGCGCCAGUGUGGACUUUACAAUGGAACCCAUCUCGGGAUGAGCUCCACGACGUGCUGUGCGUAGGCUGCUGGGACCGAACCCUCUCUUUCUACAAGCUCAAUGGAAUGCAGGUUGGGAAAGAUAGGGAGGUGGAUUUUGACCCCUGCUCUGUGGCCUUCUUCAGUGAUGGAGAGUUCCUUUGUGCAGGUGGUACAGAUAAAAAGGUUGAAAUUGCAUAUGUUGUUGGAUCGCUUUCUGUUUGUCCACCUCUUGUUGCCAGAAGAUGUGCAGCUGGUGCUGUUGUUGUUGUAACACCUGUUGCUGGUCACAACACAGCUGUUGAUGCCAUUGCUGUUGCAGGUGAUCUAAAAGCUGUUGUUGCUGCAUCAUUCUGUCUUGGUGCUGCUGGUGCUGGUAUUGCGCCAGCUGUGCUUGUAGCAGCAGGCGAAGUUGGGCUUCACAUUCUGUCCUUUGUAGGAUGUGUAGUUGAUGCUGCUGUUGCUGGACCUGUAUCUGCGUUUGUUGUUGCAGGAGUUGCAGGUGCAACUGUUGUUGCUGCAGGAUCUCCUGAUGUUGGCUUUGGUGCCAUUGUGCAUGAUGCAGCAGCAGUUCCUCCCGAGGCUGUUGCUGUUGUUGCUGGAGACGCGCUUGCUGCUGUGCGUACUGCGGGAGCUCUUGUGCAGCUUGGACCUGGGGGUGGUGCUCCUGUCUGGGCCUACAGUGGCUAUUGAGAAGGCACGCCGACGUGCUCAAGUCCUGUUGUUGGAAUUGUUGCUGGGAUGGGUAUUGCUCUUGCUCG